AUGGAGACAGUCGCACUGUUGCUGGCGAACCCUGGUCAGACAAAAGAAGCAGACUUGGACAACAUUUUCGGGCUGGAUGGUCCGCAAGAAGAACUUGACUUGAACGGGGUCGUGAGCGAUUUCAGCCUCUGGAAGGACUACCUCGUGAACAAGGGCAUAGGCGUGUCAGCCCGGAGCGUUUGCGAUUCGAGAUUGAAACGACUUGAUGCAUUGGACCGCAUCAGGUCCUUUUUCAGUUUCUUUGCCGGAUGUUUUCUCCUAGUUUAUAUGGGACAUGGCAAAGAAGACUGCGGCAACUGGGAAAUGGCAGAUGGCGACAUAUCUUUCUGGGAUGUGGUGUCAGCGUGGCUUCAGUACGGGCAUGUUGAACAUUUCCAGACCCGGUGCAUAAUCGUUUCGGAUUGCUGCUACAGUGGCAAGUGGCCACUUCUGGCAUUGAGCCUGCAAAUUCCGAGUCUAGAUGUUCAAAGUGCCGUGAACGUUGAUGCCCUGGCUCGGGACUGCCAACCAACAUUUUCUCAAGUAUUCCUCAGGAUGCAAGACACCAAAGGAGAGGCCACGUUUCCCGAGCCUUUGAAGCGAAGGUGGCGGCCAAUGAGUACGACUACCGGAGCACGUGCUCACGAACCUUUGGCUUUCGUCGGUGGAGCUGAGGCCUGCGCACGGCUUUAUCUGGAGCGCUUUUGGAACAGAUCAGGCAUCCUGACCAGCGGAUGGUUGGCAGACACCACUUUCUCAAUGCAACAGCGAGAAGGCUCGAGCACGUGGCAUCGUGCAACAGCCACAGUUUGCGGACGUGAAGUCGGCAGCGUGGUUGUGAAGGAGGAUCCUGGUGUUGCACUGCAGAUGACACACGUCUAUGUGGAGCCAGACUUGAGACGUCAUGGCAUUGCAUCCAGGCUACUGCGCGGCAUGUUUUCCAGGUUGACGCAAGUCGCGCAGUCUUCGCACAUCGACAUUGUGUUCUUGCAGAGCAACGCAGAGGUGUUGGAGUCUGUGUACGCGCAUGGGUUCUCGGAUUUGCGGGUUCCGUCCCUGAACAAUAACAGCGACGAGGUGCGCUUCGGUCGGCGGGUCGCCGAGGAAGAAGUGCAGUUCUCGUGGAGUGAUCGAGAUACCGAUCCCGAGCUAUUUGCUUCCGCAUCGGAGCUCUUUGUUACGACAUUCCUGCAGCAGUACCAGGACAGUUCAGAAGCAAGUCUCGGCAUCAAGGAGAAGAAGGCCGCGUGGCUAAAGCAAACUAUCCAGGAAGAGAGAAACCUGCAGUCCUCACAUCCUGACCAGUACGAGUGGCUCAUUGGACGGGUAGGAAGCAACGUGGUGGCUUUGACAAUUCUGGAGUUGCUCGCCUACGAUCCUACAUCAUCCCGGACCUGCCACGUAAGACAAAUCGCACUGGCGAAGCAAUUCCAAGGCAGAGGGCUCGGCAAGGUCAUAGCGAAGAAAAUAGAAAGCAAAUUCGCUGAUAUCGCACGCUUCACGUGUGUAACGCGCAAGAUUAAUCUGCAGAGUCAAGCAUUCUUGGCCAAGCUGGGCUUCAAGGAGCGCGAGGACUCAACGAGCGGGUAUGAUACGACCCACUAUGUCGCUCUUUCCAUGGAAGUGCCCACACAUUGCUCUCCUGCAACCGGAUAUCAUAGAUCCCCGUCUCCAAAACCCAGUUUCAAGCCCCGAACAAAUGCUGAGUUUUCAAGUUUGAUUGACAACGUCUCUUGUGUCCUGCACCUUGAUGACUUUGAAUUCUGCGUGGACGAUGAGCUUCUGCAGCAUGAAGCUCUACGUUUGUUGCAAAGGUGCUUCCUGGAUCACUAUGUAUCCUUUUCCGAGGAGGAUCUUGGGACGUCGAAGCCAAAACAAGUGUGGCUGUCAGAAGUUGCCGAGAAAGAGCUGCGCUUGCAGCAAGAAUGCCCUGGCAGGUAUCGAUGGCUCACUGCUUGUAAGGCUGGGACCGUUCUUGGUCUCUUGAUCCUUGAUAUUGGCGUGCAGCCGCAAUGCUUCGUCACGGAUGUGGUGGCCCGGCAAUUUGUCGUCUCGUCCGAGUACCAGCGGCAAGGAUUGGGGAUGGAAAUGUGCAUACGUGUGCUGGAGUUGUUCGCAGACAUUCGCCGCAUCAAGGCCUGUACCCGAAGCAAAAACUUGACAUCGCAGCGGUUUCUCAAGAAAAUUGGAUUCCGGGAGAUGGCAAUGAAAAGCCAGGAGUACGACUCACCGCAUUAUGUGAUGUUCAGCCGGGACCUGACCGCAGCUUCAGUCCGCGAGGGUCGGUAA